GGAGUUUUUGCUGAGACAACGACGGAUGCCGUCAAUUCGCGAAUGUACCGUUUCCUGCUCCAAAGGCAAAGGACCGCUGAGGGACCAUCAGCCUAAGCUUUGAAACCUCGGCCACGUCUCGCUUGUCUCGCUGUGCCGUAAGCAUAGCUUGUACCUCCAAGCAGCGCGGCUCCACUUCGCGGGACCGACCUGUGAAACCUGUGGCAUUACAGCCCAGCAAGAAAACGCUCGUGGGUGAACAUCAGUUCAUUUUAGGAUACGCCAACUACACUACAGCUUCAAGGCGGCCCAUUUUUCACCAUGCACGAGCUCAGAUCCCCGACGCAGGUGUCACACAUCCCGUUCCUACCAGGCAACACGAUUCGGGAUGUCACAAAAAACGACUUCCGCGUCCCGCAUACCCUCGACUACAAGAAUGGGUACGCCAUCAAGCAUAUCGAGCUUCCGCCAGACCUCAAGUCGCCACACCAGCUACUGAAGUCCGUAGGGUCUGACCCCCGCAUCACAUACGAUGGCCACUUGGAUCUGGAGAGGGAGCGCAGGCGGGGCGGAGCAGAGGCUGGAGAGGGCAAGUUUGUGCCUGCCCAUGUGGUGUUUGACAAAGUGGUCCUCCGCUUCGACGCAUACUUCAAGCAGACCGUGCACGAAUCCGUGGAAAAAUACCAUCUCCGCCGGGUGCGCAUUCUCUACUACGUCGAAGACGACUCUAUCGCGGUCGUGGAGCCGCCGGUAGAGAACAGUGGCAUUCCCCAGGGCGUGCUGAUCAAGCGACAGAGACUGCCCAGGAGCUCGACUGAGUACUUUAGCGUGCGCGAUUUCAACUUGGGCAUCAACGUCACGUUCUAUGGGAAGACUUUCCGUAUAAUUGGAUGUGAUGCAUUCACGAGGGAAUACAUGCAAAACACCGAACACAUCUACCUCAACAAUCCCGAACCGAUGCCCCACGACCCGCACGAGGAGCUGCGAUCCCGGCCCACGCGCACGUACGUCGCGGGCUCUAAAGGCCCCGACAAGCUGAAGCGGUUUCUGGAAAACGACCGCAAAGUGUUGCGCUUCUUCUGCGUAUGGGAUGAUAGGGGGAGCAUGUUUGGCGAGCUGAGGGAAUUUAUAAUGCACUACUACCUUGUGGACGACAGCGUCGAAGUCCGGGAGGUGCAAAAGCCCAACAAUGGGCGCGACCCCUUCCCCAUCCUCCUGCGUCGCCAGCAACUACCCAAACCGAAUGGAUCCGCGACAGAUCCAAACGAAGGACCGAAAUACACAUGGAAGGAUUUCCGUGUCGGCGGUGCCGUUGACAUCUUGGGCAGGCCAUUUUUGAUCCGCGACUGCGAUGAAUACACCCGCCGGUUCUAUACUGAUAAACUCCACCUCCCAUCGGAAGAGCUGCAACCUUUGAACAUCGCCCCACAGGCGCAAGCAUCCGACUCAAAAGCUUCCGAGGAAGUACCCCCGUACAACGGGUUCGGCUCCGUCGAGGACUCAUUGGGUUCGGUGAAGUACCUGGUGCUGAAGCCGCCCAAGAAGGAUUUCAUCAAGAUGCUGGAGAACGAGCAUAAGGUCUUGCGCUUUGUUGCGCGUUUGAACUCGAAGCACCGCGAGGACCAAGACCGCCGCUUCGUCAUCAGCUACCGUCUCGCCGACGACAUGAUGACCAUCUACGAGCCACCGCAACGCAACGCCGGCGUAAUCGGCGGCAAAUUCAUGGAGCGUACCCGCGUCCUCCUGCCCGGAUCAUCGCUCACUGACCCGGGCGGUCCGCGCUACUACGACGCCACGGACCUGCAUGUCGGCGCGACUGUCACGGUGUUCGCGCACCAGUUCGUUUUGUUGGAUGCUGAUGAAUACGUAUACAACUACAUGGAAUCCAAUCCAACCGCCUUCCCCUCCUCCAACAUCUCCCUCGCAUCCCAAAAAGCGCGCGCACUCAGCAUCACCCCCGAACAGAGAUCGCAGUUGGCCGAGAUCUGCACCAAAGACGCCGUCAGUGUGAACGUCGUCGCGAGGCGUGGAGACGGUGCGGGGAGGGGCGGCGGGAGUGCCGGUGCUGGUGCUGAAGCGACGGUUGCGGUCGCGACGGGCCCGGUGGUUGAGCGCGGGGCGUUUGUGGAGGCGUGGCGGAGGGUUGUUGGGGUUGCGGGGGCUGGGGGUCAGAUCUCAGGUGGUGGUGCGCCGGCGCAGUUGACGGAUCAUGAACUCAUAACCCUCGCCCGACAAUACGAGCCUACUCCACGCCACGUUGACUACACUUCCCUGCUCGCCGCGUUGUGAUAACCUGCAAUGUUUCAACGGACUGUGUCUUGGCUAGAAAACGUGCGAAGGAAGGAGAGAUCCCAGUGUGAAAGAUGUAAUGGAUGUGGAACUGGAGAAGCAAAUAUAUAUGUAACAUCCGAAUAUCACGAAGUUGGCUGACCGCCGCCUUCCGUGGUGGGUGCAUGUUCAUUGCGUAGGCACGCAU